GUUCCUCAAAUGUAAGUCGCUUUGGAUAAAAGCGUCUGCCAAAUAAUAAAUGUAAAUGUAAAUCUUUUUGUAUGCCUGGUAGCCGUACUAUUUUCCAGCUUGUAUAGCUUGUUAACAUGUCUUACAAAAGUCCACAAAAAAACUAAUUCCAUUUAAUACACCCUUUUUUUCCAAACCACAGUGCCAUGAUUGUCUGUGCCCAUAUUUAGCAUGAUCAGGACCAGUAGCAAAUCAUCCUUUAUGCAUGUAAUAGCCAAACUAACAUGUGAAGUGUUUGUGUCUCUUAGGUAAAGAUAUACAAUGGAGCUAAAACCUUUAUUGAAGAAGCUGGGCUCAAUUAUCCGCACCAUCCUCACUUUCCUCUUUGCACUGCUGGUCCUGGGCGUGAUGGUGUGGGCCUAUGUUUGUGGUUUCCAGCUGGUGACCUCCUUGUAUGGACUCAUCUCCUUUGGCUUUUAUGGACUUCUGCUUGCACUCCACUUGCUUGUCCAGAGCUUCUUUGCCUUCAUUGAGCACAGGCGAAUGAAAGCUUGCACAAACCCGUGCACCUUUACCAAAACUAUUGGCCUCACGAUAUCAGCUUACCAGGAGGACCCCGCAUAUCUCAGAGAGUGCCUCAGCUCUGUCAGGGCCCUCAAGUAUCCCCCUGAGCUGCUGCGCAUCAUCAUGGUGAUAGACGGAAACAAACCUGAGGACCAAUACAUGAUGGACAUGUUUAAUGAGAUAUUUGCUGACCAAGACCCUGGCUGUUAUGUGUGGAGGAACAACUACCACACAUGGAACCCCACCCAGGCCCAGCAGGAUGUAGAAAUGGCUACAGUAAACGUCCCAGGAGGGGAUGCUGAUCAUUCACCAGGAGAGGAUCCACAGAGAAAAGAGGUAGAGCGGCUGAUCCAGAGCAGGAGGUGCGUGUGCAUCAUGCAGAAGUGGGGCGGCAAGCGGGAGGUGAUGUACACAGCGUUUAAAGCACUCGGGUCAUCAGUAGACUAUGUGCAGGUGUGUGACUCGGACACUAUGCUGGACUCCCUGGCCACCGUGGAACUAUGUAAAGUGUUGGAGAGCAACCUCAAGUACGGUGCUGUGGGAGGGGAUGUGAUGAUCCUCAACAUGAAAGACUCUUUAAUCAGCUUCAUGAGCAGUCUUCGGUACUGGAUGGCUUUCAACGUCGAAAGGUCUUGCCAGUCCUUCUUCAACUGUGUGUCCUGCAUAAGUGGUCCUUUGGGUCUGUACAGGAAUGAUCUCCUCCAGCAGUUUCUGGAGUCCUGGUACAAUCAGAAGUUUUUGGGAAGUCACUGCACAUUUGGUGAUGACAGGCAUCUUACCAACCGAAUGCUGAGCAUGGGCUAUGCCACAAAAUACACAGCCCGCUCCAAAUGCUACACAGAAACACCUGCACAGUUUCUGCGCUGGCUCAACCAGCAGACUCGCUGGACAAAAUCUUACUUCCGUGAGUGGCUCUACAAUGCAAUGUGGUGGCACAAGCACCAUCUCUGGAUGACCUAUGAGUCCAUUGUCUCAGGUAUUUUUCCCUUCUUUGUCACUGCCACCAUCAUCCAGCUGUUUUGGACAGGCUCAGCGUGGGAUAUCCUCUGGGUCCUGGUCUGCAUCCAGCUGAUCGCGCUGGUGAAAGCGGCUUAUGCCUGUGCCUUGCGCCAAAACAUGGUGAUGUUGUUCAUGUCUCUCUACUCGGUUCUGUACAUGACCAGCCUCCUACCUGCUAAGUACUUUGCCAUUCUCACCAUGACCAAAAGCAGCUGGGGGACAUCAGGUAGACGUAAGAUUGUAGGAAACUACAUGCCCCUCCUCCCACUGUCAGUGUGGACAUUAAUUUUAUUAAGUGGGAUCGGUUACAGAAUCUACAAGGAGAGUCAACUGGACUGGUCAUCUCCAGCCAAGAAACUGGAGACCAAGUUUCUUAUCUUUGGCUGUGUGGCCUACAUGUGCUACUGGCUGCUUAUGCUGAUCCUCUACUGGGUGUGGUUCCGAAGGUUAUGUAGAAAACGCUCCCAAAGUUACACUUUGAGUGGUGUGUAGGUCCAAAGUGUCCUGUGAAGAACUAACAGAAGGAAUAUAAUUUAUUUGAGUUCAACCAUUUACCUUAUAGUUAUACCUUUAUUCAUUUAUUUAUUUUGUCGCGCAUUGAAGUAACUGAUGGACGGAAGGAUUCUUACACAACUGAUUUUCUAACAAACUUUUAAAAAAUGAACAAUUUAACAAGUAUUGGUGAAACUGAUUAAAUGAAUACCAUCCAUAGUACCAGACAUUUUUGAAUUUUUUUUACUGUUAUAUAUGAGGACAAAUGUUUGACUCAUAUGGAGAUGUUGUUGCACAUUUAAAUGAAACUGUAAUGAAGGCUUUCUGGCCCACACACUCAGGUUUCUCUUUGUCAGAUUAUGAUGGCAGAGAUGGCCUUCCAUCAGAUAUUUAUUCAUGACAUCUAAAGAUUGAGAAAGUGCUAUUCAAAUAACAUUUUGUUUUUAUGGAUGUGGAUCUUGGGGUAUGUGUAUUGCUUUAGCAACACAAAGACCACCCCUUAUGGAUGUUUCACUUUGUUGUUGUUGUUAUUGCACUGGAUCCUGGUUGGCACUUUCUGCAGCAUUGCAGACCUACUUGAAAAUACAGAAAAUGGCAGUUUGUCAGAUUGACAUGUAAGUUUUCUGUAUAUACGUUUGGUAUUGUUUGUUGGAAAGGCUGGAUGUUGUCUGAAAAUGUGAAAUAAAUGAUGGUUUUGGAAACCAUUUAUAUAAAUAAAAAUCAAAUAUUUUUCUAACUUC